AUGGAGGAUGUGACCAAAUGGCUGGCCCAGCACCACUACAACGUGGAGCGGCAGAUUGGGCGUGGAUCGUACGGUAGCGUUUACCUCGUCCACCAGACCAAGCGUACCUCAAAAUCCAAAUAUGUUGUCAAGGUCAUGGACUGCCGCCUGUUGAACAACGCGCUCCUGGCCGAGCGCGAAUCACAGCUUCUCUCAAAGCUCAGCCACCCAAACAUUGUCAAGCACCGGGACUCCUUCAAGUCUCCGUCGGGUGAUGAGCUGUGCAUUGUCAUGCAGUACUGUGAAGGCGGCGAUCUUUAUACGCGCAUCAAGCAACAAGCCUCGGCUGGUGCUCUUUUCCCAGAGAACCAGAUCAUGGACUGGUUUUGCCAGAUUACGUUGGCGUUGCAAUAUCUCCACAGCCAAAACGUUUUGCAUCGUGACCUCAAGACGCAGAACAUCUUUCUGACCCGCAGUGACAUUAUCAAGGUGGGCGAUUUGGGCAUUGCUCGUCAACUGGAGAAUUCGGAAGACAUGGCCUCGACGAUGAUUGGCACCCCUUAUUACAUGGCACCAGAGCUUCUUUCUCAAGAGGAGUACAAUCAUAAAUCCGACAUUUGGUCGCUCGGAUGCUGUUUGUACGAGUUGACUACGCUCAAGCCAGCGUUUAGCGCCAAUAAUCUCUCAAAACUCCUCAUCAAAGUGCUUCAAGAUACGGUCCCGCGGAUACCGCUGGCGUACUCAGACGACCUCAACGCCUUCAACAUGUCUCUGCUCCAACGCGAAGCCGAGCUGCGUCCCUCUACGCAGAUGAUUUUGUCUGACCGCUUUGUCAAGCGCCACAUGCAGCGCUUGGUGGAUGAAACCAUGAGGUAUGCCCAGCCCGUCUCGUGCUACUGGCUAUACCAAUAUUGGCAAGAACGCUGA